GGCUGGCACCACCCGACGGGCGUGUACAACACCAUCCCCGUCGGCAGCCCCCUCAUCGACGACGAGCUCAACAUCUACCUUGGGGCCGAUGAUGCCAUCCGGAAGUUCGACGUCAAUGGUAUCAUCCAGUGGAGCUACGCUCCCCGAGGUCAACUCGCAGCGGCACCCACCCUGGUCGUCGGCAGCACCAGGCGUAUGGCGGAGGUCCAGAAGGACGAGCUCGAGGAGCAGCUGCUGCGGCCGGACUGGGCCAAGGGCGAUGAUUACAAGUUCUCCAUCAAGGCCGGCGACGUCGUCAGGGUCAAGCCCGGCUCGAGCUUUCAGGCGGAAGGCGUGGAGCUCUACAAGGCCGGCGAGAAGGGCCUGGUCUCCAACGUCCUCCCUGCUGAGGAGGACAGAGUCAGCAGUGCCGUCAUCCAGUGGACGCGCACCGGGCACAAGAGCGAGGUUCAGCUCACCGACGUGCAGGACCAUUUCGAGCGUGUGGAGUCGAAGAAGGAGGGCGGCCUCACCAAAACACUGCCAUCUAUGCUGGUAGGGAGCACCACCUCUGGCUACGUAUUCGCGAUCGCCCUUGACAGCGGAGAGGAGCUGUGGGCGACCUGGGCCUCAAACGAUAUCGCUGGUGUCAAAGGGUCUGUGGCUGGCAAGGACGGAAUCAUAGUGGUCGCAACCGACCGUUGCACUGACAGGUACUGCUACAGGUACCGCAACCAGACCAUGCCCCUCACGCCAGGCAAUUCCGUUGUGCGGGGCCUGAAUGCUGCAGACGGCUCCGCCGUCUGGGAGUUCAGGCCCAUGUCGCCUGUGUGGAACAUGGUGCCGCUGUGGGGCCCUGCCGGGAGCGUGCUCUUCCAGGACUGGGAGGGCAGGGCGUACUCUUUAGACCUGCAGACCGGCGACAAGAGGUUCCAGGUGGGCGGCGACUACGGUACGCACACCAACGCAGCCGCAGUAUAUGAUUCGGGCCACAAUGUCAUGGUCACCCUCGGCAUGACGCACUACAGCGAGAACCACUACCACAUGGAGAACGCCCUGGGCGUGCCCGUGGGCAAGUACUGCAACCCUUAUCCAGCACCUGGCAUCCUGGUGAACUGCUGGACAUGGCCAGGCGGAAGGGGCUUCAUCCGUGGCUACAAUGCCUCCUCUGGCAGGGCACUCUGGGAGACCAACACGCCAGAGCCACCGGCCAGCGCCGCCGCUGGCAUGCUCAACAGCCCGGGCAUGCACACACGCCUGGUUGUCACCAUUGGCAUGAAUUGUAAGUUCAACUCCCCGUCCCAGAUCUGGGCCCUCGAUCCGAACAGCGGCCACAUCCGGUGGCAGAGGGAUGGCCCGACACUGUGGACCAUGCAGUGCGCCGGCGACAAGGAGGGUGCCGACAUCCGCCGCGCCAUGGGCGGCCGCGCCGAAUGCAAGCCAAACAGCUGGUCGGCGCCGCUGAUCGAUUCCAGCGGCGACGUGUACGUGGGCAGCCAGGUCGGCACACUGAUGAAGUUUGGCACGCCGACGGGGUCGGUGGCAUCGCCAAGCAACGUCCACCUGAUGUCGACCUUGACGACGGGCGUGGCCUUCCAGGAUACAGCCAUCGCGCUCGCCCCCGGCGUCAUGGCCGUGUCCACGUGCACCUCCCUCAUCGUCUUCCAGACACUGUCAGGGUUCGACAACGAGACUUGGUCAGUGUCGCACAGUGACUACUCACCGAUCUCCCACAUGGUCCAUGGGGAAGAAGUGAGUCACACUAUCAGUGAGUCGGCUCACGAUACCUUCGACCCCAGCGAGCCAGGGAACCCAGUUCCGUGGCUGUAUUGAACUUGGCGUAAGCCGAGACUUCAAAACGAGGCGUAGUCAAAUGAUGAAGCCGCAGUUUUUUCAGACUUCUGAAGCGCUGGAAUCUCGCGCAAGGCGAAGGCGCUAGUCGGUACCAUUUGAUCGGAUGUCCCGCCAGGAGGACAGCCAGGUAAAACACAUCAC